AUGCAGCGGGCGCAAGACCAAAGGCAGAGCACGUCUGCCACAACAUACAAAGAGAAGGUCUCUGAGCUGACCGCCCCGAAUCCGACGCCGGGCUCGCCGCGACUCUGCUGGGCCCGCCGGCCCGGCUCCGCCAGGGCACGCCCGGGGGCAGUCGUCGGGCACGCCGCGGCCCGCAGCUGGGGCGCCGAGGCGGAGGCGGAGGCGGAGGCGGAGGCGGAGGAGGAGGAGGAGGACGAGGAGGAGGUGAGGGAGGGCCUCAUGGAGGCAAAUUCUGGGCACCUGGUCCAUUACAGGACGGUUCAGGAUGGCUCGGGAUGA